AUGAAUGUAAUCAUCGACGGCCAAGUCUACGAGUACAACAGGAUGACGGGAAAGACAACGCCAAUUAAAGAACAAGCUAAGCAAGUGAAACUUGAAGAAAAGGACCAAUGGCAUUUUCUGGACCAACAAUACAUCUUCAAAGACAUCAUACUCCACAAAAGCAACGUGUUCCAAGAAGAGAUCUUGGAAGAAAUGGAGAAAGCUGUUAGUACGGAGUCAGAAAUAUUGGUCCAAGACCAAAGCGUGCUCGAGCACCAUGAUUUAAGGUCGGAAAUUCUCGACAGUUGGGGAUUACUUUGGACAAUAUGGUACUAUGCAAAGAUGGUAUGGUUUGUAUGGGUGACAAUCUCGUGUGUACUCCAAACAUAUGGAACUGUCUACGCAAUCUUGGGUUACUACAAGCAACGGCAACCACAACCGCAAAACCCACCUCCGGCACAGCCACAGGCCAUGGAAAUGGUGACGUUCUCAGUGCAUGGAAGUCCUCAAUUACACAUUCGAAGACCAUUUCGGACCGAGGAUCAGACACGACCAGGUUUGACGGAAUCUCUUCUUCCUUAG